CCUUUGGCACAUCCUCCAAAUAGUCAGGCACCCAAAUGACUUGUUAAUGUUGAGAAAAGGAUCGCGAUGGUUGUGUCGUAGUCUGCGUCACUGCAGAUGGACUCUUCACCUUGGUGUGCGUAAAGCGCGCGCGACGCGUGGCACGAAUGCACUUGAUGCAACCUGCCAAUAGAUUUCACAAGACGUUGCUGGAGAUCAGUAAGACGUUAAAGUUCAACAAGCCGUGCCGCUGCUGAACUCAGAAAAGAAAAUUCAGAAAAUGUUAGUUUUCAUUAUGCGAAUUGACACGCUCACCCGGAAACUGCGUGGCGGGGUGUAGCCGAGUCUGUUUAUUUGAGGGGAUCACACUUCUCAUGUGCAGGCAUAGAGCCAAGUUCUUGUAAAUGUUUUGCUGUUGCUGUUUGUGAGGGAAGCAAUUAUUAAGAUCACCAAACCACAGAAGACUGAGGAGACGACAGGUGAGCGUUAGUUUGCCAGCAUAUUUUGAGACAUCAUGGCCCCACAUCACGUAACCCAGGCAAUCAUCGACUUCUCAGCUGGAGCCGUAGGUGGUACAGCUUGUGUGAUGAGCGGUCAGCCGUUUGACACCGCAAAGGUCAAGAUGCAGACGUUCCCCUCUAUGUACCGCAGCUUCAUCGACUGCUUCGCGUCCACCCUCAGGCACGAGGGACUGCGUGGUCUCUACAAAGGCACGACCCCGGCCCUUAUGGCCAACAUCACUGAGAACGCUGUGCUCUUCUUGAGCUAUGGUCUCUGCCAGGAUGCAGUCCGCUUUGUGUUCAAGAUGGAUAAAGGGGCAGUUCUCAGUGAUCUUCAGAAGGCGUCCGCGGGGUCUUUAGCCUCCAUCUUCUCUGCCAUGGCCUUAUGCCCCAUCGAACUGGUGAAAUGUCGCCUGCAAGCUAUGCAUGAAAUGGAAGCAUCUGGCAAGAUCGCAAGUGGACAGAGAAGCACAGUGUGGACAGUAGUGAAGACGGUGUUGAAGACAAAUGGUGCUCUGGGUUUCUACCAAGGACUGACAUCCACCAUCGUGAGGGAGAUGCCGGGCUACUUCUGUUUUUUUGGGGCGUAUGAACUGUGUCGGUCCAAAUUUGCACAGUACAUGAACACGGACAAGGACAGUAUAGGUGUUCUCCCACUCAUGUUCAGUGGUGGAUUUGGGGGAGCUUGUCUUUGGUUGGCGGUCUAUCCCAUAGACUGCGUGAAAUCCAGGAUCCAGGUGUACUCUUUAUCUGGGAAGCAAGCAGGCUUCAUGAAGACCUUCAUGGGUAUCAUACGCACUGAGGGGUUCACUGCUCUGUACUCCGGCCUGACUCCUACCAUGAUACGCACCUUUCCUGCAAACGGAGCCCUCUUCCUGGCUUAUGAGCUCAGUCGCAAGUUUAUGAUGGAGGUUGCUGGUGCCUGCUGAGAAAGAUUAGUGUGCUAGCUGCAGUAAUUUAGAAUAAAAUUUUAU